CGACUAAGACCCCGGCGCGCGGGUCCCAGUCGACACUCCUAUAAGCAUGGACAACUCCGCCUUCCGGAACCUGGUCAAGGAGGGCGGCGCCACGCCGGCGCCCAAGUCGGCGGCCAACUCCGAGGAGGCGAAAGCGGCCAAGGCGGCCAAGGCGGCUGCGCGCAAGGCGGCGUAUGACAAGCGGAUGGAGCUGCAGGCCAAGCGGCAGGAGAAGCUGGCGGAGGAGUCCAAGUACGUGGACCGGGCAUCGCUGCGCCGCAAGGAGCUCGCGAAGUCGGGCCACAAGGAUGAGGCGCCGCCACUCGCCGGCAUCGAGCCGCUGCUCGCGGCGGCAGAGGGGAGGCCGGAGCACCCGGUGGCCGAGGUGCCCGUCGCGCCGACCUUUGCGCAGGUGGGCGCGCGGGAGGACCUGUCGCAGCAGCAGCACCGCCUGAGCAUCGACCAGUCCAAGUUCCUCGGCGGCGACAUCGAGCACACCCACCUCGUCAAGGGCCUCGACUUUGCGCUCCUCCAAAAGCGGCGCGCAGAGCUCGCCGAUGACCUGACGAUCCCGCGGAGGCGCGAGAAGGUGCUGCAGGCGGCGACGUCGGCCGGGCUGCUCUCCAAGCUGUCCAAGGCGGUCGAGGCGGAGCGCGAGCGGCGGCUCGCGGCGCCGUCGUCAGCGUUUUUGGACGAGGUGGAGCAGAUGGAGGAGGCGGGAGGCGAGCUGGGCGCGGGCAGCGUCUUGGCGCGCAGCCGCGCCGCGUGCGCUGCAUCGACAGCCUCCGCCCCUGCCGACGCGUCGGACCCGAAAAAGGGCAAGGGCAAGAGCAAAGAGGCUAAGCCGAAGGGGAUGGCGAUGAGCGGCGGGGGCGACGACGACGCGUACGGCGAGUACUUUCCGGACACGCUGGGCCGGGUCAACGUCACCGGGUACGAGCUUGGUCCCGACUCGGACGAUGAGGCUGGCAUCGAGCCGGACGCCGACGCGGGCGGCAAGGGCGGCAAGGGCGGCAAGCGGGGCCGCCACGACAAGGAGAAGAUGGAGGCGCAAAAGGCGGAGGCCCGGAUGGACCGCGAGCUGGUGCAGAUCGAGAAGCUGAUGGAGGAGCGCGCAGCGAAAAAAUCGCGGGGCGAGUCGCUUGCCCUUGGCAACAAGCCCAAGGGUGGCGGUCGGGACCGCGACCGGGCUGCGGCCAACGAGCAAAACGAGAUGUUUUGAGCGUGUAGUAGCAGUUUGGGGGGUGCGUCGAUCUCAUCAUAUUUUUCUCAUCGC